GCAUUCAAUUCCUCAUCAUAGCUCAGUUCCAUUUGCAACUUCGGCGGCUUUACUUCGUUUGAAGAUGAAUCUUCAGUGCCUCUUUACUUUUUCCCUGAUGUAUCUUCUUUUAAGCCAAAUUGGAGCUCAAGAAAACCCAAAUACCGGCAAUAAAACUCACUUAAAGAUACCGCUGAAGAGGAUGUUCAGAAAUUUACACAAAGGCCCUAACCAGGGAAAUGGAACGCUGCACAUAGUCAUCCACAAGGUUGUGACUGGAGAUCCCUACUACAAGGUGUUCGAUGGAAACGAGACCGCAGCCAGGGGCUUCACCAAUAAGAUCUGGAAUCGUCUAUUGAAUCGCUACAAGAGAAUGCUAAUAUAAUAUAUUAAAUGUAAAUAAACAAAAGUUUAAUAAAUAUUUUAAGUAAUUAUAAUAAAGCUAGAACUAAA